UCAAAUAGAAUCAAUCCCCUUUCUUAAACAUUGCCUUCAUUUUCUUCACAACUUGUUAAUGGCUGCCCUCUUUCCUUCAGCUUCUCUGCGCCAAUCUGACAUCGAAGUUGGAUAAUGCUGGUAGGCAAAUUGGGAGUGGCCCAUUUUUCGCUUCACAAUAAGAAAACUACGCCAAUUUGGCAGAGUGGUUUUUCUGUAAAGUCGCAAACGAAGCAAGUUUGGAUAUGGACGCAGAAGAAAGAAGUAAUGACAGCUGCUGUGGAGAGGGGUUGGCGUACUUUCAUCUUUCCAUCUGAUUGCCGUGAGCUUGCUUCUCAGUGGACGUCUUUGGCAUUGUUGUCUCCUCUCUUUGUAGAAGAAGGAGGGAUCUUUGAUGGGGAGCACAUCAAAGUCGCCACCCUCUUCGAGGUUUCUUCAUCCGCACAGCUGAAGAAUCUCCAGCUGUUGAGUGAUAAAGCAGAUAAUAUUGUUGUGGAUCUGCUGGACUGGCAGGUGAUUCCUGCAGAAAAUAUUGUUGCAGCAAUUCAAGGCACUCAGAAAACAGUCUUUGCCAUCUCAAAGACGCCAUCCGAAGCUCAAUUGUUCUUUGAGGCAUUGGAGCAUGGUCUGGGAGGUGUGGUUUUGAAAUCAGAGGACGUUGAUGCCAUUUUUCAGUUAAAGGAGUAUCUGGACAAAAGAAACAACCAAGGUAGUUUACUGGAAUUGACAAAGGCCACGGUCACUAAUAUUCAAAUGGUGGGAAUGGGUGAUCGUGUCUGCGUUGACCUGUGCAGCCUAAUGAGACCCGGCGAAGGACUUCUGGUUGGAUGCUUUGCUAGAGGGCUUUUUCUCAUCCAUUCCGAAUGCUUAGAGUCGAAUUACAUUUCCAGCAGGCCUUUUCGGGUCAAUGCGGGUCCAGUACAUGCAUACGUUGCUGUUCCUGGGGAAAAGACUAGCUACCUUUCAGAACUGAAAGCCGGGAGAGAGGUAGUUGUUGUAGACCAAAAUGGGAUACAGCGAACAGCCAUUGUCGGCCGCGUGAAGAUAGAGACAAGACCAUUGAUCCUUAUUGAGGUAUUUGAUCAUCAUCAAAUUUCCUACACUAUGAUCCUUCAAAAUGCUGAAACAGUUGCUCUUGUCGGAGCGGGACAUCAAAAUCAAGCCAUUCCCGUGACAUCGUUGAAACUAGGUGAUGAAGUUCUGCUAAGUGUGCAGGGAGGUGCACGACACACCGGUAUACAAAUAGAUGAAUUCAUUGUUGAGAAAUGACUCUCUAUGAGUAAUGGUUGAAUGCUAGUACUACACAUGUAAUGCUUGCUUCUGUGUUGCUUUGUUGUUCGCCCGAAGCAGAAUAGAAUCUUAUGCGGUUGAGUGUUAGUCAUAGACAGUAUCACACAAGCCGGCAUGUUAAAUAGGUAAGUAAAAUGCCAAGAUUUGCUACCGAUUUUGAUGAUAGUCCAAAAUCCAAGUCUCUUCAUCUUUAAACAGACUAACUAUGCAGCAUACUCAUCUCAACAUUUAUGAGAAAGGCGAUAAACAGAGCCCAAGAGAUCACCUCGCCUCAAUGAAUAUCAUACCGCUACAUGGUAUGAAAAAAGCAAUCAUGUCUCUCAACCAGCUGAAGUUGAUCUUGGAGAAGAAUGAAAAGAAACAUGAAUAGGCGGUCAGAGUUUGUUACAUGGAGAGACUCCUCAUUUGCUGGUCGUUUCGUCUGCAAUUUACUGCCUGUUAUCGCAUUCAUGUUUAUGCCACCAUGGGCAUCGCUCAUUGCCUGGAAAUAGGAAGUAGACCUCGCCAUGUCCUUGAGGAUCGGUAGCAGCUCCAGAGCUGGAACCACCUCGCUCAUAGCAAGUCUAAUCUUCGAAUCACGGUUGAGGCAAUGAACAGCCAGCUGAGCGGUUCUCUGUAUGGAUCUAGCUCUGUAGAACCACCUCUUCUCUUCGAAUCAAGGUUCACGGUAGAGGAUUGAGAAGUGCCCCUCCAGACUAGGAUCAAUUAGCCUGUAGAACCACCUCUUCUCGUCGAGGAAAGGCCUACUCCCCUCCACCCAGCUGUGCUUACCUUGAGGUCUGCUCUUGUCCAUGGAUCUUCGCCCCAUCAACAGCUCGAGCAAGACCACUCUGGAACUAUAAACAUCGCUCUUUGCUGUGAGAUGCCCUGAGAAACGAGACAAUGUCUGAGAAGCUAUUUUCGCACUUGAACAAUUCAUUUAACAAGAGGAUGAGGAAGUUAGCUGUUAUGACAAACUCUGGAGCAGCAUAGAUAUAUGUCCCAUCGCGCAUGUUGGCACGUACGUCUUGUGUUCCUCGGGCAUUGAUUUGGCUGCCCAAAAGUAGCCUCUGUUGCUCCUCGACAUUUAUGCACAGGCUGCUUGGUGAAAGCUUGGACUGUCUCGAUGAUGAAGGUUGUUUUGUUUGAGAGUUUUGGGGCAGCUUGAUCCAAGCCAGCAAUUAUCUCGCACCAUGAACUUUUCUAGGUAUUUAAAUUCUUAUAAUUUUAACAUAACUGAAUUCUCAGUUGGAGUUUCUCUCUUGCAAUAAAAAAUAUUAAUGUAAAGCAAAAUCUAGCAUUAAUAUUAUGUACUAAUAUGAUAUUAUUCAAGAUAAAUAACAGUUUGAUGGUUUUCAACCUUUCAUUUA